AUGCAGCAGUCUCAAGAGAAUAGUAUGGUCAACAGUAUCAAAAGCCGAGGAAAAGUCAAGAGCAAGAAGAAGACUUUAAAAAUGUGCGUUCCCGAACCGUUUGCUCACCUGGAUUCACUACGAAUCCUCCGGAUGGUCAAGUCAGAAGAGUCUCCAAAGGCCGAUCUUACGAGCGAUUUCAGCAUUCAAAUCAACGAUCGUGAGAACCAUAUAUCAUCUAGUUUUACAGAAUUGAUAGCAACAUAUGGUUUGGUUCAGAUUGUCGAUUCACCAAAUCAUGGUUCAAAAAAUAUUCUCGAUCUGUCAAAAUUCAAAGCCAACAACAUGUGGUUUAGACUCAUUUCUCUCAAAGCAGUUGAGAUUUUUGAAUUAUUUACUGCCAUUUCUUUUUUAUUGUGGAUAAAUACUUCAUUCAAAACUGGUGUUUCCCCGGGGACUGAAGUCGGCAAUUUCGAACGAUUGGUGCUUGCUUGUCUGUUUGGUCACCUGUCUGCCCACCGGUUGUUGCCCAGAUUUCAGUCAGCUUACAGACCACGGUCAUCUACAGAAACAGCUUUGCUGAAGGUGUUUGAUGAGAUUAUCAAUGAGGUGAAUAAUGGUAGGGAGGUGUUAAUGGCUUCACUUACCUCAUUUCAGCGAUUGACAAAGUUGACAAUGACCUCUUUUCCGCUCAAUGUUUACUACAAUGCUACAACACAAACCACGCCUGUAACUAAAUUACGACGCAAAAUAAUCGUCUUCUUAAAAUGA